AUCGGCCUCCUCCUACACAGCGUUCACAGCACAGUCAGCGUAAUUUCCUAUUCCAUCUAGAUAUUUGCGGCUCCAAACACUGCAUCUGUCCAGCUUGAGUGACUGUGAUGGCGAGCAACAGCAGCGAGAUGCCCGAGCCUGCGGCCGAGCCACCGCACCCAUGGGGCCCACACAUGCACAUCGGCAAGGUCUUCCUCAAGGGCAACGAGCGCACCAAACCCGAAGUGUUUGAGAACGAGCUACAGGAGGUGUACAGCGCUGAGCGUAUUGGCCAUUUGGUGCGCAAACUUGAGGAGGCCACGGAGGAACUAAAGGCUCUCGACAUCUUCGAGUCGAUCAACAUUGAGCUGGACGAAGCGAGCUCUGGCGAAAGGGAUGAGACGGACAUCACUAUCACAGUGAAGGAGAAGGGCUGGCGGUCUCUACACGUUGGCGCGACCACCGACGGCAGCGACGAAGCAGGAGAAUCCACGCUUACGUUGUCGAAUGCGCUCGGAGAAGCCGAGAAGAUUACGCUGAGUGCUACCUAUGCGCGCUCGGGUAGUAACACGCAGCGAGCGACUUUCAAAAAGCCCCGCUUUUUGGGUCUGCCGCUGUACUUGAGUGCCAUCGGCACCAAUGAGUUACACAACCAAGAGUGGUUGAGCUCGUACAGCGAAAAGAUUCGUGCCGGUAGCAUUUCCAUCAGCGACUAUGAAGGCGUGCACGAUCUGUCAUUGAACGUUGGUUGGCGUGACCUGCUUCCCCGUCGUGACUCAAAGAUUCCCACCGCAUACCGUGCAUCGCCCAGUAUUCUGGCCGAGGCGAUGCCGUCCACCAAAACCAGUGUGAAAUACGUUUUCACGGACGACAACCGGAACAACGUGGUGUAUCCAACUGCUGGAGGGCUCUUCAAGUACACGACGGAGAUUGCCGGUCUUGUGGGCGACGUGAAGUUCGUCAAGGCGGAGGUGGAAGGCCAAAAGCACGUCGCAGUUGGGCCCGCUGUCUUUGGCUUCCCGAUCCUAAACUUCAGUCUCUCGUGCCACUUGGGAACGGUAAAGUCGUACGGCAGCGAGCAGCACCGGCCAGCGCGCAUCAGUGACCGCUUUUUCCUGGGUGGCCCUAUGAACGUGCGUGGCUUCAACCACAAGGGCAUCGGUCCUCGAGCCUCCCCUCUUGAUGGUGGAGUUGCACAGGGCGAUGCGCUCGGUGGUGAUGUGAGCUACAACGGAACAGCAAGCGUAGGCUUCCCUGUUCCACUGCCACUUUUUGCGGUAAGUUUGGAUGUUGUUGUGAUCAUGUCGAAGGCGUUGUAUCUGAGUUGUGUGGAUUGAUUUUACCUUUUUUUUAUGCAGGCGUUGGGUCUCCGUGGGCAGCUCUUUGCCAACGCUGGCAAUCUGACUACGUGGGAUCGCCUAUUGGACGAGAAGAAGUGGAUGAAGAAUCUCGCUGAUGAUACGCGCGUGUCCGUCGGCGUGGGUCUUGUGUGGGGUACUCGCAUCGGACGCCUCGAGGCCAACUACUCGUGGAUUCUCAAGGCGCAUGAUCAUGAUAAUAUCAAGCGUGCUCAACUUGGCCUCGGCAUGACCUUUUGCUAGAUGCAGGCUCAUAGAGAGUAACAAGACAGUCCCCGGGAAGGAACCUUAAAGUUGAUCAAAUCCGCGCCGUCACACGUCACAUAUUUCUUUUCACAGCAUCCCCUUGCAUUUUCGUUACAACAACGAAUUAGGUGGUGUAACGAAAAUACAAGGGGAUGUUGUUAACAAUGGAAUGUAUCCAUCGGAAACAUCCUGAAAAUUUUCGAAUCGUUGUUUAUUUCAGCUCAUUUUAUGCCUUUAAAAAAUUACAGACGAUCCCCUC